AUGCAAUACUCUCUUGUCCUCGGAGCUGCGCUCGCAGUCGCCAUCCCAACCGUCACUGCGGGAUGCGCCAACGAUGGCGGCAACUGGUACUGUGACCCAGUCGACUCUAUCAAGUACACCAACUUCGACUUCUCCGGCUCCUACAACAUGAUCACCAACAUGGACGACGGCUCCAUGUCCUGCGGCUCCUCGCCAAAGCAGUACAGCGGUCCUCUCGCUCCCCUUGACGAGGAGGUCUCCCUCCACUUCCGUGGUCCCAUGAACCUCCACAAGCUCGCCGUCUACAACCUUGGCUCCGACAAGCCAAAGCGCGACCUCAAGCCCACCAUCCACGAGCGUCGUCACGGCCACUCUCACCAGAGAUUCCACGAGAAGCGUGCCGUUGGAGAUGUUGUUACCGCCACCAUUGACGGCAAGGUCGUCACGUGGGCCAACAACUACGGCGGUGGUGCUGCUCCCACCCCUGCUCCAGGUGCUCCAGCCUCUGGACCACAUGUCAAGAGCUAUGGCGCCCCCAAGGACAACAAGAAGCCUAAGCCAUCCAGCUCUGCUCCCGUCAAUGUUGGACCAGGCCAGUGGGGCCGUGUUGCCUACUACGAUGCCGAUGCUGGUGAGGCUGAUGGUAUCACCUUCUUGAACAACGAGGGUGCCUGGGCCGAGGGUGUCAUUCAGGGAUUCGGCUGUGCUCUCUCCUACGCUGCUGAGAACCUCUUCGGAAUGGGUACCUCCCCAUCCGUCCCCAAGGACAAGAUGAUUCCUGAUGGCAAGGAAAUCGUCAUCAUGACCGACAAGAAGUGUGAGGGUAACAGCUGCGGUUACUCCCGCCCUGGUGCCGUUGCCUACCACGGUUUCGAUGGUGCCAACAAGAUCUUCCUCGCCCAGCUCGACAUGCCUCUCACCGGUGCCAAGGCCGAGUCCAUCUACAGCCCCGUCGACAUGCCUGCUUUCUGGAUCCUCAACGCUCAAAUUCCCCGUGUUUCCCAAUACCCAAUGAACAAGGACUGCUCCUGCUGGGCCUCCGGAUGCGGUGAAUUCGACGUCCUCGAAGUCCUCGCCCCAGGUGACAAGCGCUGCAAGUCUACCCUCCACGGAAACGUCUCCGGUGGAUCCAGCUACUACUUCGAGCGCCCAGAGAAGACCGUCACCGCCGCCGUUGUCUUCAACGCUGCCUCCAGCUCCCUCCACGUCAAGAUCCUCAAGGACAUGAAGGACUUCCCCACCACUCUCGAUGCCGAUCUCGUCAAGGAGAUGUGCGCUGACGCAGAGAGGAGCAACACCUUCCCUCUCGGCUCUUAG